UGAGGCUUGCGCUCUUGCCUGGGGGUUGAGGAUGGGCUGGCGGCGGGUCCGAGUCCGCUCGCCGUGGCUCCGGGCGGCGGGCUAUGGUGGGUCGGCUUGAACCGGGCCCACCCGGGGCGCCGAGCUGGAGGAGGGGGCCGUGAGUGGCCGUGGAGGCUACGGGGCUCGAUUUGGCUGAUUGAAGCGUUGGCAGGAGGCAGACGGAAAGUCUGUACAUGAAUAAUACUGCUCUUUACUGAUGUCUGACAUCUACCUGCUCGAGAUGGAAACAUCCUGAGAGCAUCUUUAUACAGAUGAAAUUUGCCACGACUCUGAUCUGUUUCAUCUGCUUUCUGGAACCAUGAGGGGCCAGCGGAGCCUACUGCUGGGCCCAGCCCGUCUCUGCCUGCGUCUUCUCCUGCUUCUGGGCUACAGGCGCCGUUGCCCACCUUUGCUCCGAGGCCUAGUACAGCGCUGGCGCUAUGGCAAGGUCUGCCUGCACUCCCUGCUGUACAACUCCUUUGGGGGCAGUGAUACCGCUGUUGAUGCUGCCUUUGAGCCUGUCUACUGGCUGGUGGACAACGUGAUCCGCUGGUUUGGGGUGGUGUUUGUGGUGCUGGUGAUCGUGCUGACGGGCUCCAUUGUGGCCAUUGCCUACCUAUGUGUCCUGCCCCUCAUUCUCCAAACGUACUCAGUGCCACGACUCUGCUGGCAUUUCUUCUAUAGUCACUGGAAUCUGAUCCUCAUCGUCUUCCAUUACUACCAGGCCAUCACCACUCCUCCCGGGUACCCGCCUCAGGGAAGGAACGAUAUCGCCACAGUCUCCAUCUGUAAGAAGUGCAUUUACCCCAAGCCAGCCCGAACACAUCACUGCAGCAUCUGCAAUAGGUGUGUGCUGAAGAUGGAUCAUCACUGCCCCUGGCUCAACAACUGUGUGGGCCAUUAUAACCAUCGGUACUUCUUCUCUUUCUGCUUUUUCAUGACUCUGGGCUGUGUCUACUGCAGCUAUGGAAGUUGGGAUCUUUUCCGGGAGGCCUAUGCUGCCAUUGAGAAAAUGAAACAGCUCCACAAGAACAAACUACAGGCGGUUGCCAACCAGACUUACCACCAGACCCCACCACCUAUCUUCUCCUUUCGAGAAAGGAUAACCCACAAGAGUCUUGUCUACCUCUGGUUCCUGUGCAGUUCUGUGGCACUUGCCCUGGGUGCCCUAACUUUAUGGCAUGCUGUUCUCAUCAGCUGGGGUGAGACUAGCAUUGAAAGGCACAUCAACAAGAAGGAGAGACGUCGGUUACAGGCCAAGGGCAGAGUAUUUAGAAAUCCCUACAACUACGGCUGCUUGGACAACUGGAAGAUAUUCCUGGGUGUGGACACAGGAAGGCAUUGGCUCACCCGAGUGUUGUUGCCUUCCAGUCACCUGCCCCACGGGAAUGGGUUAAGCUGGGAGCCCCCUCCUUGGGUGACAGCUCACUCAGCCUCUGUCAUGGCAGUGUGAGCUGGGUUGUCAGCCAUGUGUGUUUGAUCUCCUGCCUGUGUUUUGUCAAGGCUUCAAGGGCAGCUUUUCUUGGAGUCCUUGACCAAAAAGAGCCAUUGGACCUGCCUUAGGGUCCUCUGUAAGGACAUCGCACAGACAGACCAACCUUCAGGACAGUAUAAAAGCCAGAGACAACGGAGAGAAUUCCUAGGACUGAUGUCCUUUUACUCAGGCAAACAGAAGUUCAAGCCCCAGUCUUGGGGUCAGGCAACUGGUUAUCUUGUCUGACCUCCUCCAGGUUACAGCACUGGGGCUAGCUACCACCUCUUCCACUUCCUGUCUGGGAAAACACCAGUCGAAUGUGUUGGGCCUCCUGACUUCUCAGUGGGCAAAGACACCAGGCCUGCUGUGUGGUCACUGCCAUUCUCACAUGCUACUGGAGGGAGAAAAAUAAAGGCAUUUGAUUUGUAAAGA